UCAUGGAAAGCCCCGUUGCAGCUCUUACAAUCUACACUGGAGAAUGUUCGAAGCAGAAAAAACCAGUAUCUUUGACAGUUUUUGGUUCUGCAAUUGAGGAGCCUGGGUUUGUGACAUCCCAACGAGCUCGUCCUUUAAGAGUGAAGAGCAGUGCAGAGCUUGAGGAAGAGAUGUUGGCAAAGAUUCCCAAUUUUAAAGCUCGACCUGUGAACAAGAAGCUCCAGUUUUGCCUGUGCCACAAAGAAGCACACCACAUCUGCCACAAAGAGUUCCACUUUGCGACAGAUGAGAGAAUAUCCCGACCAAAUUCUGUCUUUGAUAUACUCGACAAGCUCUCAUUGAACUCUGAAUCUUGCCAUGAAAAGCCUCUACCAAGGAACACUGCACCAAACCCAUUCAAUCUAAGGACAGAAGUAUGUAUACGACGAACAACUUCUUUGAAGCCAAAAACAUCCAGGAACGAGGCGCUGAAAAGGAGAAGCAGUGUAAUGGAAAUCACACAGAAAAUGAUAGGAGAUGAAAAGGCCAGAGUUCCAAAAGCAAACCCAAAUCCUUACACAUCUGAUUAUCCCGUGGUACCACCAAAACCCGAACCUAAGAACUGCACAAAGCCAGAAUCGUUCCAGUUAGAGAGUUUAGUGAGGCACGAAGAUGAAAUGCCAAGGGAAAUGGAAGAGAGGAUGGGCAUGGAGAGAGAAGGAGCCCAAAAUAGGCUUUUCAAAGCACAACCAGGAUCCAACUCCGAUUCCAGCGAAAGUAAGAAAGCCAGAAAGCCCCUCACAGAGAUUCAGGAGUUCAACCUCCAUAUAGAGCGUCGAACUGUUGAGGGAACAGACUUUGAUCAGAAAAUCAAAGAGAUGGAGAAUCAAUACAAGAGAUACCGUGACAAGAGUGAAGCUGCAAAAAUGGUGGAGGAAGAGAGGUUUCAGAAGCAAAUGAGAAAGACGAUGGUUCCUUAUGCC